CAGAGCCGCACUUUACUCCAAGCAUCAAGUUUGUUUCUCUUCCUUCUUCUUCUUUUUUCUCUUUCAAGCGUCGUCCUCACCAAAGCUGCGUUUCUUUGCUACACACGUCAGAUCUAUCUCUUUCCUCACCCUCUUCAGAGGGAAGAAGAGAGCUUAGCUAUCUGUCUCUGAUUUGAACUCAAUCCUCAAUCAGAAAAAAUCACACAUGCAAAUGAGAAAUUCGGAGUAAUCUUCAAACACACAACCCGCUCAACUCUCAGCAAAAGAGGGUUGGGCCGGUACUGCCCGCGAGGGCCUGGCGUGAAGAAUUAUCACACGUCUGCAAUCAGGCAUCAGAAACUUCGGAGGGGAUCAGGGUUCCAGGGUCGUGGGAAACCCCAGCUUCCCUCCCCCCCCUCCAUGGGAGAGCCGUUGCGAAGAUUGUGUGUACAUCCUCCCUUCUCUCUCCGCUUUUCCUCCCCUGUGGGUGGUUAAGUGGUUGAGGGAGGGGGGUUGUAUGACACUUUAGUGCAAUACGCAGCGUACUGGGUUCUCAUCUUUUUCUUAUUUUUAGAAUGGGAUCGAGACUGGUAUGAAUUCGAUUCCGAUUACUCUGGUGGGGACAACGCUUCAAUCCUUUUUUCUUUUAAGGUUCGUUGUUGUUGUUGUUUUUCUUCUUCUUUUAUCACAUAUUUGACCAUUCCCGCGAAGAUCUGUGAAAAACCAUCCGGGUUAGGGUUUAGUGUGGUUUUAUUUUAUUUUUGUCUUUGAAGGGAUACUGCUAAUAAUGUCAUUUGUUGUGUUGGAGGUUCCUUAUAAGAAACGAACGGACAAAAAGAUUUCCCCCCGGACGCCACCUCGCCCUCUUUCUCACGUUCUUAUUGGCGAGGGUUGGGGGCAGUUCUUGGUACAGCCUAGACGGGUAUGCGAAACAUACCACGGCAGAAGUGCUUCUUCUUUUGUCCCCUUCGUUCCUCUUUGCUCUCUUCUUGGAGAUGGCUACAUUCGAUCUUGGGAAAUGAUGUAUGGAUUGCUGCCGUUGGCUACCUUACCUGGCUGGGCGAGUGGGAAUCACUGGGGAACCCUUGUCACCGUAUGUAAAUAUCUGAUUUAAUUCAAGUUCUCUCCGUGGCAAAUAUUACCUAUCUUAGCCCUGGUGUAUCCUACUAUCCAAAUUUAUCAAAUGCGUUCUUAAUACUCCCAUCAUGGUCCGUUUCAUCCGUGAAUAAUGCGAUCUUUGGUUCUUUGACUCAGCACCAAGAUGGUCAGGCUUAUUUCAAAAAAAGUCGCCAGUCUCUUCAGCUAGCAGAGAUUGCAACGACGCCUCUAACUAAUACGCCGUUCAAGGCUCUGUUCUUCACAAUCCUCGCCGUCGGGGGCCGGGAGCUGACUGCGGCAUUUCAGGAGCGCGAGCCCCUGGCGCUGUUCAUCAUGAUUUUCUGGGCUGUGCUAAUUCACCUGUCUGCUAGAAGCAAUGUUCUGUGGCGGGUUGGGAAUAUUGGGUAGGAGAUUGUAGACGAGAUAUCUGAAGUGUUGGUCACGUCGCCAUUUGUGCGGCUUUACGGGGUUGGCGAGACGAUUGUGUGGGCGAGAAGGGAGGUUGGGUUGGAUUUGGAGGCGGAGUCGGGCUUGUCGUCUGCGUUGUUGUCGUUUUUGGUGUUGUAAAAUCGCGGGGGUGUGGUGGACUGUCUACAGGAACUACUAGUGCUUUCCAAUCCAGAACCGGAGUUACUGUGAACGAAUGAAAUGAUGAUAUUUAACUCCUAAUUGUGGUGGUUUUAUUUUAUUUUGUCUUACUUCUUAUCUCGAGGGGAGAUGAACGAACAUGCGCAUGCAGGGCUAAUUGUCUCAGAUACUACACCGCUGGAUUGUAUCACCGUGUAGUCCAACGGUACUGAUUUGCAUACUUUGUGGAAUCUUACCUUAGAAAACAAAAAAGUCAUAGGCGUUGAAUGUACAUGUACAUUACCUCAAAUCCUUUGACCGCAACGAACAAGAAUCUUUGAACGUGCUAAUAUACCUGAUGGGACGAUCCCAUGCUAUAAAUAAACUAGAAAGAAAACUGAAGGAGUACCGUGGAAUGGAAGUUGAGUUGGU